GUUGUCGUCGCCAUCAACCGCUUCCACACCGACACCGACGCUGAGGUGGAGACGGGCGGUGCGUUCGACGCCGUCGCCGCCGACCAUUUUGCGAAGGGUGGCGCCGGCGCCGUCGAGCUUGGCCGCGCCGUGAUGGCCGCGUGCGCCGCCACGUCGCCUCGAGAGUUCCGGCACAUCUACGACGCAAAGGCGCAGGGCGUUAAGGACAAGAUCGAGACGAUCGUGCGCGAGGUCUACGGCGGCGCGGGCGCAAAGUACAGCCCGGCGGCGGAGGCGCGCAUCGCGAGGUAUGAGGCGGACCCGGCGUUGCGCUCGCUGCCGAUAUGCAUGUCCAAGACGCAGUACUCGCUCUCCGACGACCCCAAGGCGCUCGGCGCGCCCAGCGGCUUCACGGAUGCCUACGUCUCGGCCGGGGCCGGCUUCAUCGUCGUCUCGCUCGGCACAAUCUCCUUCAUCCCCGGCCUUCCCGUCAAGCCCGCCUACUACAAGAUCGAUGUCGACCUCUCGUCGGGCAGCCCUCGGGUGGUCGGCCUCUCUUAG